GCUAAGGUGGAAGAAGAAGAGAUGGAAAUUCCAGCAUCUGUGAAAAAAAGUGGACACGUGGUGGGCAUUCCAUACCCAAGUCGAGGACACGUGAACUCCAUGUUGAACCUCUGCAAACUACUCGCAAGUGAAAAUCCUCUCCUCAAAAUCACCUUCGUCGUCACACAAGAGUGGCUCGGCUUCAUCCGCUCCGACCCUAAGCCCACCAACAUUCGCUUCGCCACCGUCCCCAAUGUUAUCCCUCUCCAAUCCCAGAUAGCCUCUGACAUCCCCGCUUUCUUCCAAGCCGUUACCACCGAAAUGGAACCUCCCUUUCGCCGCCUCCUCCACCGCCUUAACCCUCCUGCCACCGCCCUCGUUGCCGACGUCGAGCUGCGCUUUCCGGUCGCCGUUGCUCGCCGCCAAAAUAUUCCGGUGGCGCUGCUUUGGACCAUGUCGGGGUCCUUUCACCUCAGCUUGCAUCGACUACAAAGCUUGGUUCGUAACCACUCUUUGAAGGUUGACCUUUUAGAUGAUUAUGAAGAGCACAUACCGGGAAUUUCCCCGGCACAAUUAGCUGAUCUUCGAGUAGUGCUUCGUGAAAAUGACUUGAGGUUUUUGCAGCUUGAGUUGGAAUGCAUUUCUAUAGUGCCUAAAGCAGAUUGUCUUAUUGUUAAUACUGUUCAAGAGUUGGAAGCUGAAGUGAUUGAUUAUUUGAGAGCUAUGUUCCACUUUCCAAUUUAUCCCAUUGCCUUUCCUUACUUCAAACCCGACGCAAGUCAUUUAGGGGCCAACAGCGAUCACAACGUUGACUACAUAAAGUGGCUACAUUCUCAGCCAGCUAUGUCAGUAUUGUAUAUUUCUCUUGGUAGUUUCCUUUCUGUGUCUUGUGCCCAAAUGAAUGAAAUCGUUUCAGCUUUAAACACGAGUGGUGUUUCUUACUUUUGGGUGGUUCGUGGAGAAGUUUCCUGGUUAAAAGAGAAAUGUGGUGACAGGGGUUUAGUGGUGCCUUGGUGUGACCAAUUGAAGGUUUUGUCACAUCCUUCUAUAGGUGGGUUUUGGAGCCAUUGUGGGUGGAAUUCCACUCUAGAAGCUGUUUUUGCUGGUGUUCCAAUGCUCACGUUCCCUCUUUUCUUUGACCAAGUCCCAAAUAGUAGGCAAAUUUUGGAAGUGUGGAAGAACGGGUGGGAGUUAAAAAGAUCAGAGUUGCGAAGUGAAGAAUUGGUAACACAAGAGGAAAUAGUGAAAGUGAUUAGAGAGUUUAUGGAUGUUGGAAGUACUAAGGGUAAAGAAGUUCGAGAUAGGGCCCUACAACUUAAUGGCAUAUGUGACCGAGCAGUUGCAGAAGGUGGAUCCUCCAAUAUGAACCUAAAAGCAUUUAUAAAAGAAGUUUUGUGUGUUCAAGAUCAUUUAGUGUGAUAAGUAUAAAAUAGGCAAAUAAAAGAUGUCAUGCACGUUUACUUGUUUGAGCUUAAAUUAGGCAGAGAAAAACUAGAGAGGAGAAAGUUGUGAACAAAAUUAUAUUGCUCUUAUUUGUUUUUUAGUUCAUGAGGAUGAGGGUGAAGGAUAAUGAUAGUGAAACUCAUUUGUACUUCAAUUAAAGCAAACUUGAUCCUCCUCCAUUGGACUUUGAUUCCAUACAUGUAAACUAUGGAACAAUUCCUUGAUCAGUGAUAGGUUUCUUAGGUAUAUCAUUUUUUUAGCUUGCACCAGAUGCAACCUGAGGCUGGAAAUCUGAAUUUAGAAUAGAUUGUACCAUUUAAAAUGCAAUCAACAAGAGUAAGCAACCACCAGACAAGAGGAUGAAUGUAGCUUUGGUAACAAAGUCGAGAUAAAUUAGAAAGCGAGUCUAGUAAUGGGACUCAGACAGUAUAUGGCAUCAACAUCUGGACAUUUCCAAAUAAGUCAUCAAAAUGUAAGAUUGUCUUCAAUGAAAGACACCAGUGGUCUAAAAAAAAAAUUUGCCAAAAGUUAUUUUAUGUGAUUUUUUCAA